AUGUACUACAUGCUGGUGUUUACCGUACUGUACUACAUGUUUUUGUUCAACCUUGCCGUCGAUGACAUAAUUGAGCAGUGUUCCGCCGGUGUCAUUUUAGCACCGAAUACACGUCCUUUGGUGGAUCUCGAUUACGCCGACGAUGUAGUAAUAUUCGCUUCUAACAGCGCGAAGUUACAACAUGUUAUUAACGUUGCAUCGAAAUUAGCUGCAGCUUACAGACUAAAACUCCGCCCUGAGACGCGCCAAAGCUAA